AUGGGUGUGAUUUCUCGACAUGUUCUCAAGCUGCAGCUACUUUAGUUUGGGUGUGUCGGCUUGUAAAAUGACAAAAAGUUGACUCAAGCAGAACAGUUUUUCCUGUAUCUGAAAGCAUACGGAUCACUUGGUGACUUGAAGAACAGUGUCUGUGAACACUAUGGCAUCAUCAGUCCCUCUGUCCAAGGCCAACACAAGCUUCUCUCUUGAUCUGCUCAAACAGCUGAGUGAUAAAGACAAGGCGGGAAAUGUCUUCUUCUCUCCUUUUAGCAUCUCCUCUGCCCUGGCUAUGGUGAUGCUCGGCGCUAGAGGCAACACGGCCACACAGAUGUCAGAGGUCCUCCACUUCAUUGAGACACAGAAACCGCAGCAGGCAGAAUCACAACGGGGGACUCAAACACGGUCGGCGAUGGAGUCACAGAUACAGACGCGGCUUCAGAUGCAGUCACAGAUACAGCAGACCUCCAGACUGCCACAAUAUCUGCUCAAGGUCUUCUCUGGCUGUUUGCAGUGCCUGAAACCUCAGAACUGUCAGGACGACGUCCACGCUGGCUUCGCCCAGCUGCUGAGCGAGCUCAACAAGCCAGGUGCUCCGUAUGCCCUGAGUGUUGCCAACAGACUGUACGGGGAACAGUCCUAUCAGUUUGUUGAGGCCUUCUUAUCAGAAACCAAGAUGCACUACAAAGCUGAGCUGGAGUCUGUGGACUUCAAAUCCAGCGCGCAGGAGGCCAGGGUCAACAUCAACAGCUGGGUGGAGAAGCAGACACAAAGUAAAAUCAUUGACCUGCUGUCCCCGGAAAUGUUGGACAGCUCGACCAUGCUGGUGCUGGUCAAUGCCAUCUACUUCAAAGGCAACUGGAACAAGCAGUUCGAGGUGGACAGUACUGUUGAUGCUCAGUUCAAAUUGAACAAGAAUGACACUAAGCCUGUGAAGAUGAUGCGCCAGAAGAGUAAAUUCCCUAUCGCCACCAUUCCUGAGAUCAACUGCCAGAUUCUAGAGAUGCCCUACGAGGGGAAGGACCUCAGCAUGCUCAUCUUCCUGCCUAAUGAGAUGGAGGACGAUACAACAGGCUUGGAGAAGCUGGAGAAGGAGCUGACCUAUGACAAAUUUGUGGAGUGGACUAGUCCAGAUUUGAUCGGUCAAACUGAGGUUGAGGUGGGGCUGCCUCGAUUCAAGCUGGAGGACACAUAUGACCUGAAUGAUGUCCUGAAGAGCAUGGGCAUGGUGGACGCCUUUGAAGGCACAAAGAGUGACUUCUCUGGCAUGUCUCCAGCAAACGACCUGGUGCUGUCAAAAGUCGUCCACAAGGCUUUUGUGGAGGUAAAUGAAGAGGGAACCGAGGCUGCUGCCGCCACUGGCGCCAUCAUGAACGAGCGCUCUGUAAUGGUUCCCACCACGUUCAUCGCAGACCACCCCUUCCUCUUCUUCAUCCGACAUAAGACCACCAGGAGCAUCUUCUUUGCAGGUCGAUACUGCACCCCUGAGUGAGCCCUGUGUCUCUUAGAGCAGUUUGGAUCCCUCGAUGGAGGGUUACAUCUAACGUAGCUACACUCAGAUUUUCAGGGGUUCACUGCUCUGAAGAGAGACCACAGCCCCUCUGCAUUGCUCUAGCUAUACAUCACAUUUCCCACUUGUGUUCCAUUCAAAUUUCUAUUAUGUAGUCACACAAGCACAAAUCCAUAUCUGUAAAGUGGAAAAUGUGACCCUGCACAUUGAACCCUCACAUUAACCGGAAAUUCACAGCUUGGGAUAAAUAAAGUAGAUAUCUAUCUAACAUCAAGAACUACAAAAUGUUGCAGUUGCUGCCUGUAGUUUGUCGCUUGCAGAUUGGCUUGUGCUCAAUCCCAAACUUUUUUUUGGAUUUUCAUUUGUUUUGUUUUUUUAAAUAUUACUUUCUUGUAGGUCAUUAGGAAAAUGAUUGCGUCCUCUUGUCGUCUCAGACAAGCUGCUGAGUUGUUGCACUAACACAUCAUUCCAGUAAAAGUCUUUGAAAUGAAAAUUUAUCAUACCAAUAUGGCGUGACCAUGGAGUUUAAUGAAAGACGAUUUAAUGAAUACAAACUGUGGCUUCAGUACGUGUCUUUUUGCUUGCAUAAAUAAAAAACAUUGUGUGCCA